AUGGCGAAGAUCGUGAUGAGCAUCAUCGUGAGCAUGAGGAAGUGUAGCUGGAAUGUCUAUGUCCCAGAGCUGGUGUUUGGCCACUUGUUGACCAGUGACAACUACGAUGACUCUUCUUGCAAGGUGGUGGGAGGCCGGAACGGCUACGGUGCCAAGCUUGCCAACGUCUUCUCCACGGAGUUCAAAGUGGAGACCUGCGACGGCAAAAACAGGUUCAGCCAGCUGUACAAAAGCAACAUGCAGGUCAAGGGCAAGCCGGAGAUUGUUGGAACCAAGGAAAAGUCCUUCACCUGCAUCACCUUCAAGCCAGACUUGGCGAAGUUCGGCAUGGCGCACUUGGACGAAGACAUCGUCUCCUUGCUGACGAAGCGGGUCUACGAUGUGGCCGGUUCCACAGCGGAGCGUUGCAGCGUGUUUCUGAAUGGUGAGAAGCUCGACGUGAAGAACUUCAGAGACUACUGUGACCUGUACUUGCUGACCCGCCAGGGCGUGCCCCAAAUCCACGAAAAGUGCUCCGACAGGUGGGAGAUUUGCGUGAGCCUGACGGAGACGGGCUUCCAUCAGGUGAGCUUCGUGAACUCGAUCUGCACGAUCCGCGGAGGGACACACGUCGCGCACGUUAGUGACCAAGUCGUCGAGGCGAUCCUGGAGAAGGUGCGGCUUCAGAGUAAGGAGAAGGUGAAGGGAGGAGUGGAUGUUCGGCCACAUCAUGUGAAAAACCACCUCUGGAUCUUCAUCAACUGCUUGGUGGAGAAUCCAGCUUUCGAUUCGCAGACGAAGGAGACGUUGAUGACGAAACAGUCCAAAUUCGGAUCUCGCUGUGAGCUGUCCGAGAAGUUCCUUUCGGAGGUGGCCACUUGUGGCGUGGUAGACCUCAUCCUUAUGGCAGCUAUGGCAAAAUCAAAGGUCGACUUGGGAAAGAAACUCAAGGCCAACACCAGCCGUGUCGCUCGCCUCACGGGCGUGCCGAAGCUCGAGGAUGCCAACGAUGCAGGUGGUAAGCUGUCCCACGAGUGCACGCUGAUCCUCACCGAGGGAGACUCGGCAAAGGCUCUGGCGGUGGCCGGGCUGAGCGUCAUUGGCCGUGACAAGUGGGGCGUCUUUCCACUACGCGGCAAGGUGCUAAAUGUGCGCGAUGCCACGCUCAAGCAGAUGAUGGCCAACGAGGAGAUACAGAACCUGAUCAAGAUCAUUGGCCUCGAUCUGAACCGGGAGUACGAUUCCGAGCUGAAGGGGCUCCGGUACGGUUCUCUCAUGAUCAUGGCCGACCAGGAUAGCGACGGUUCUCACAUCAAAGGGUUGUUGAUCAACCUGAUCCAUGCCUGGUGGCCCUCCCUCGCCCGGUUGCCGGGAUUCCUCAAGGAAUUCUUCACGCCGAUUGUGAAGGCAAGGAAAGGUCGCACCGAGACUUGCUUCUACACGCUUCCGGAGUACGAGGCUUGGAAGAAGCAGACCGAGAACGGAAAGGGUUUCAAGAUCAAAUACUACAAAGGUCUUGGCACGAGCACAUCCAAGGAGGCGAAGGAGUAUUUUAGCGCACUUCAGUCGCACAAGAUGCAAUACCGGUACGAUGGUGUUGAAGACGACCGAGCCAUCGAUCUCGCCUUCAAUAAGAGGCGAGCAGACGACAGAAAGGCGUGGAUCAAUGCCUACGAGGAAGGACGCCUGGUGGACCACACGCAGCAGGAGGUCAGCUACAAGGAUUUCGUGGACAAGGAGCUAGUGCUCUUCGCCAAAGCCAACGUGACGCGCGCCAUUCCCUCCGUGGUUGAUGGUUUCAAGCCGAGCCAGAGAAAGGUCCUCUUCGGUUGCUUCAAGCGCAAGCUGCGCAGCGACGUCAAGGUGGCCCAGCUGGUGGGUUACGUCUCGGAGCAAGCGGCGUAUCAUCACGGAGAGAUGUCCUUGUCGGAGACCAUCGUCGGCAUGGCGCAGGAUUUUGUUGGCUCCAACAACCUCAACCUGCUCGUUCCACAAGGCCAGUUUGGCACACGAUUGCAGGGGGGCAAGGACUCGGCUUCUGCACGAUACAUCUACACGCGCCUUGCGCCGAUCACACGUUUUUUAUUCCCGGCCUCAGACGAUCCGGUGUUAGAGUAUCUGAGCGAGGAUGGCAUGUCCAUCGAACCUCGCUGGUAUUGUCCAGUCAUCCCGAUGGUCUUGGUCAACGGUGUCGAAGGGAUCGGCACGGGCUGGAGUUCGUCCGUGCCGAAUUUCAACCCACGUGACAUCAUCGAGAAUCUCAGGAGGUGGCUCAAAAAGCAAGAGAUGAAGGAGAUGACGCCGUGGUUUGCAGGUUUCACCGGCAGCAUCGCGAAGUCGCGAGAGGAAGGCAAGUGGGAGGUCACGGGCAACAUCAGGAAUCUUGGGGAAGGCAAAGCCGAAAUCACCGAGCUGCCGGUGAAGCGCUGGACACAGGACUAUCGAGAAAUCCUGGAAGAGAACCUUCCCAAAGGGGAGAAGAAACGGGAGGGGCCAAAGCUCCUAGAGGACUACCAAGAGUACCACAGCGAGAAGUCCGUGCACUUUGAGCUGUCUUUGAGCUCAGAGGGCCAGCUCCAUGCGGACAAGGACAACUUGGAGAAGGUCUUCAAGCUUCGCUCCUCCAUCAGCAUGAACAACAUGAUGCUCUUCGAUGCUGACGGCAAGAUCAAGAAGUACGAUACUCCAAAAGACAUCCUGCUAGACUUCGCGCAAGUCCGGUUAAAGAUGUACGAGACGCGCAAGGCGUACUUUCUGGCGCGGCUCACUCGCGAAUGUGAGGUGUUGAGUGCGAAGGCACGCUUUGUAAAGUUGGUAAUCGAGGGGAGAAUUGUGAUCCGAAAGCGGAAAAUAGCUGACUUGGCCCAGGACCUCCGGAAGCAUGGCUUCAAAGCACUUCGCGACCUCCAAGGCGAACAGUCUGAGGAGAAGGAGGCAGAGGCCGAGGAAGAGGAAGACGGCAGCGGCCAGGAGGAGGAGGAUGCCGCAGACGUCACCAAGACAGCCGUGAGGGACUUCGAAUACCUGGUGGGCAUGCCGAUCUCCACUCUUACUGCUGAGAAGGUGGCCAAGCUUAUGCAGGAGCAUGAGGUCAAGGCCAGGGAGCAAAGAGAGCUGCAGAAGAAGAAGCCUUCCGAUCUUUGGCUGGAGGACCUGCAAGCUUUGGAAGUCGCGCUGGAUGAACGCGAUGCCGCGGCCUGCGAUGCAGAGGAAAAGGAGAAGGCGAAGAUCCAAAAAGCCAAGGCCAAGAAUGCCAAGGUCACCAAAGGCCUGAAACGCAGUGCUUCUGGACCUCCAGACCGAGCAAAGUCCCCAGUGCAGCAGAACAUUGCACAGCGGUCACAGGGGCAGCGUUCUGAGGGCAAGCCCAAAGCCAAGGCGAAAGCCCGUUCCCAGAGCGCAGGGAGGCGAGGCUUGAAGCGGGCUGCCGGGAUGGAGUGA